AUGGCCCUCCUCUCUAUCAACGCCGGUGGUGCGAGUGGAGGAUUCCUCUACAACUCCAGCUUAGCAAAGACUCGGGUCUGCAUCACGGCCGAAACACCAGACUUUGACACUGCGUUCAUUCGUCAAUGGCAGGAUGAGGGUUUUGAGGUGAUGUACCUUCCGUAUAAUGAUGGAGGGAAGGAAUAUACCAGUCAAUUGAAGUCCGUCAAGGAGGGAUUGGGCGUCGGGGUCAACUAUGCUGUUAUCGCAUUCGGUGAUGCCGCCUCCUUCUGCCUGGAUUUCUAUCUCAAACCCACAAACGCCAGCCGUCUCAGCGCUCUGAUAUGUUACUAUCCAACCAACAUUCCCGAUCCGCGCUCGUCAUUCCCUCCAUCCGUCCGCUUCCUGACACAUCUUGCUGGUGAAACCGUAGACGUAACGACCGUGCCUACAGCAUUGGGUCUCCAAGGGAAGAAGCGUCGAACCACGAGGCGGAUCAACCAGGGCAUGGGAACAGGGGAGCGUCUGAACAUCGGUCACCAAGCCUACACUUAUGAUAACGUGCAGCCGGGGUUUGCAGAGCACGACCUGGAAGAGUAUGAUCGGCUGGCAGCUGAGUUGGCCUUUUCCCGCUCGUUGCAGGUCAUACGUUCGACAGUUACGGACAAUACUGACCUUGAGAAGCGGUGGGAGGAGCACCUGGAGGCGCGGUUCUUCUCCAUGAAUCUUAACAACGUAAUGGAGCAGUAUGUCGACCAUCUCACCCCAAACGUCACCUACGCGCCGACCAUGAGCGGAGGCAUUGGAGCACGCGAUCUGCGUCGGUUCUACGAACAUCACUUCCUCCGCAACCUGCCGCCAUCGAUGCGGCUGCGUCUUCUCUCACGGACCAUCGGCGUUGACCGCGUCGUAGACGAGCUCUACGCUUCAUUCGAACACACCCAGGAGGUCCCCUGGAUGCUCCCCGGUGUUCCACCAACCAACAAGAAAGUGGAAGUGAUCCUCGUCAGCAUCGUGAGCGUGCGGUCCGGAAAGCUGUACUCGGAACACGUCUACUGGGACCAAGCUAGCGUCCUCGUCCAGAUCGGGCUGCUGGACCAUAAGCUCGUGCCGCAGGGAGUGGAGGGCGUCGACCGGCUGCCGGUUGUCGGAAAGGAGGCCGCACGGAGGAUUCUGACCGAGGACCCGGAGUCGGAGCAGCGACACUACCAUAAUCGGCUAAUUCGUGCGGCGCAUGCAAAGCACAAGGGGCGGCAUGGAAAGAACGAGCUCGUGGAGGAGUCCGGCGCAGAAUUGCGGAGCGAGGCGGGAGACUCUGUGAAACCGGCAAAUGUCAAAGGGAAAAGUGUACAGCGGCAGUCGCAGCCCGAGGAAGAGGAUGGGGCUGUUGGUGAGGAGGAGGAGACGGAGACGGAGCGGAAUGGGAACGGGAUUGCGAAUGGGAGAAAUGGGAAAAAGGCAGCAUCCGUGGAGGAUGAUGGUGGAGAAAAUGACGACUAA